AGGUUAAAAUCUAUAUAAACACAAUUCACAUAGUUCUGAGGUGUCUUUCCUCGACGGUACACGUGUUCCUCCUCGGAAUUAAUACGUCUCCGCAUUAUUAUUUAAAUAUCUUAUAAACGUGCGUUAUUUCAAUUAUUUUUAGUAUUUUAGUAGAAAACUGAAAUAGCUAAAAACAGCAUAUCCACAUCGUUCAAAUAAGUUGCAAGAAAAUAAAUCUCGGAACAAAGAAGAAUUUUGAUGCAAGCGAUUAUAUCAAAUAUCGAUUAUGAGUCGUAAUACGAAAAAUCGUAACGGUAACAUACGAAGAUCAGCAUUGUCGUUCGCCGGUGGGGACGGUUCGCUCGACGUUGACCAUGUUUUAGAAUCCGAUCCUUGGAAAGAUAUUGAAAAGUUUGAAACAAGCGAAGUCGCUCGUAUUCAAAAUGUGCUGAAAGAUUUCGGUGAUAUGAUUGCACAAGAGAAGACUCUUAAAGUUAAAGAUCAUACCACUGCGAAGAAUAAAGCAAGUCCAAGAUCCGCGAAAAAAUCUCCACUGAAGGAUUCAACAAUGAAUUUACCUGGGACUUCAUCAAGUACGAAUAGCGAAAACGUCGUAGAAACACAAGCUACUGUAAGUGAAAAGAAAAGAGCUCCAAGAAAGCCUCGACAAACUCGCAAAAAGGAUAAGAAAAUGAUGCCGCAAGAACUUCUACCUGAUAUCGAUAAUGCAAAAGAAGAAAGCCAAAAAUCUCCACUGAAGGAUUCAACAAUGAAUUUACCUGGAACUUCAUCAAGUACGAAUAGCGAAAACAUCGUAGAAACUACAGUAAAUAAAAAAAAAAGAGCUCCAAGGAAGCCUCGACAAACUUCCAAGAAGGUUGAGGAAAUGAUUCCAAGUUUGCAAGAACUCUCACUUGAUAUCGAUAAUGCAGAAGAAGAAAUCCAAAAAUUUUCAAACAACAGUGCCAAGAAGAAUGUCAAUUCAAUCAAUAAAAUAUUAGAAUAUAGAAGCCUACAAGAUAUAACGAACAUCAACGAAACUGGACUUGUGCAAACGAGCACUCCUAAAAGAGAAAUACCAAUAAAAAAAACGAUAAAAAAGACGGCGAAAAGGGAAGAAUUAACGGCAGAAAAUAAAAGAUCGAAAACAAAAAAUUCUGAAAAUAAAUCAGAGAAAAAUGUUCAACAUAAAAAACAGAAAUUGAAGAGGAACACAAAAGACAAAGAAGGUGAAAGUAGCGCAAAUAUACUUGGAGAACAGGAAAAGACGAAUGUGAAAUCGGAAAAUAAUUUGAAAUGUAAUAAAGUGAAUCAAAAUUUGUCGAAAAAUAAAGUAGAAGAUAAAAAAGUGGAAAACUGCUCAACAUUUCUUAGCGAAAUAGAGAAGAAAUGUGAAGAAGUCGAAGUCAAUAAUAAUAUAAAGAAGAUUAACAAAUCUAAAGAAUACAACAAAAGCAUGCCUAAUCAAUUGAAAAAGAAGAAACUAAAAGAAGAAAAUUCCGAGAAAAAAGUGAAAAAAAGUGACCAGUCACGUAAAUCUCUUAAGCGGAUAAGUAAUACGGAGAAGACAAAAUGUCAACACGGAAAAUGUUGCGCAAAAAAAUCCGAUAAUCAGUGUUCGAGAGGAAAAAAGCAAGUCGAAAAUGAAAAACAAUAUAAGAAGAAUAUAAAAGCUGCGAGAGCUAUCGAAGAUCUUAGCCGACGUAUAACCGUUGUCAAGAAAAAGAUGGAUUGUAUUAAAAAUGAUUUAGAGAGCAACGAGUUAUUAAAUAGCAGUUUCGAUGAAGAGUCAUCGUAUUCGUCGCAAUCGUCAUAUUCGACGUAUUCAAGUUCGUCCUCCGAUUCCCGUUCAUACACGAGCUGUAGCUGUUCAAAUUGUUCAUGUGAUGAGAGUGAUUGCACCUCAAGCGAUUUUUCUAGCGGAAGCGAAAGUGAGAGUACAAGCGAAGGAGAAGACUCACGUUGAAGCGAAUUGGAAACGAUAUUGGAAUGUUAAACGGAAUUAUACAAAAUUGAAAUGCACAAGAAGUCAAAACUAUAUUUUUGUUUAUUAUAAUUAUAGUUAAGAAAUUUAUUUACGUACAUUUUAUUUUUUACUUAAUUUUAUUUCUUUGUCAUUAUAUAGUAGUUCAUUAUAAUUGUAUACUUUUCCAAUUAGCAUUAAUUGCUUCUGAAAUUGCUUAAGUUUAUAAAAUUUAUUUCUCGAAUGAUUUUUAAUGAUAUUAUCAAAUAGCAAAAUAAUA